AUGGAGAAGACCUACUCGCUGACGGCCCACUACGACGAGUUCCAGGAGGUGAAGUGUGCCAGCAAGUACAACAGCGGCACCCUGCCCAACGGCUUCAACCUCCAGCUCGGGGCCGGGGCCAAGAAGCCGCGCCGGGGGCUGCCACGCUGGACCCGGCGUGAGAUCUGCCUGCUCUCGGGGCUGGUCUUCGCGGUGGGCCUGUGCGUCAUCCUGGGCUGCGUGCUGCUGCUCAAGUACCUGGCCAUGGAGCGCGCCGCCUACUGCCUGGAGGACUGCCAGGAGAAGAAGGCCUUCGUCAAGGCCUCCCUCUUCAUCGCCAACAACAUUGACCCCACCAUCGACCCCUGCAAGGACUUCUACUCCUUCGCCUGCGGCAGCUGGCUCCACCGCCACAGCAUCCCCGAGGACAAGCUCCACUAUGGCAUCAUCGCCACCAUCGGCGAGCAGAAUGAGGAGAAGCUCCGGCGGCUGCUCCAGCGGCCCGUCCGCAGGGGCUCCCGGGCCUCGGCCGAGAGGAAGGUCAAGGAGUUCUUCCGCUCCUGCCUCGACAUGGGCGAGAUUGACCGCCGGGGGCCGCGGCCCAUGCUGGAGGUGAUCGAGGACUGCGGCGGCUGGGACGGGCCGGCCACGGGGCGGCAAGCCCGCUGGGACUUCAACGAGCUGCUCUACAAGACCCAGGGCAUCUACAGCACGGCCGUGCUCUUCUCCCUCACGGUCAACCUGGAUGACAAGAACUCCUCCCGCUACGUCAUCCGGAUUGACCAGGACGGGCUGACGCUGCCCGAGCGAACCCUGUACCUGGGGCAGGACGAGGAGAGCGAGAAGAUCCUGGCGGCGUACCGCCUGUUCAUGGAGCGGCUGCUGGGCCUGCUGGGAGCGGAGCAUGUGGCGCAGAAGGCGGAGGAAAUCCUGCAGCUGGAGCAGAGACUGGCCAACAUCACGGUCUCAGAGUACGACGACCUGCGCAGGGACAUCAGCACCAUGUACAACAAGGUGACGCUGGGGGAGCUGCAGCGCAUCACGCCCACCCUCAAGUGGAAGCGCCUGCUGGAUCGGAUCUUCCAUGAUAACUUCUCCGAGGAGGAGGAGGUGGUGCUGCUGGCCACCGACUACAUGCAGAAGGUGUCGGAGCUCAUCCGCAGCACGCCCAGCAGGAUCCUUCACAACUACAUGCUGUGGCGCAUUGUGGUGGUGCUGAGCGAGCACCUCUCCACGCCCUUCCGCGACGCCAUACAUGAGCUCUCCAGGGAGAUGGAGGGCACCGAGAAGCAGCUGGAGCUGGACAAGAUGUGCCUGAGCCAGGCCAACAAGCACUUCGGCAUGGCCUUGGGGGCCCUCUUUGUGGAGGAGUAUUUCUCCUCCUCCAGCAAGGCCAAGGUGCAGCAGCUGGUGGAGGACAUCAAGCACACCCUGGAUCAGCGGCUGGACGAGCUCGACUGGAUGGACGAAGAGACCAAACGCGCGGCUAGAGCCAAGCUCCAGUACAUGCUGGUGAUGAUCGGGUACCCGGACUUCCUGCUGAAACCGGACGCCAUCGAUAAGGAGUACGAGUUCGAAGUCCACGAGAAGACGUAUUUCAAGAACAUCCUCAACAGCAUCAAGUUCAGCAUCAAGCUCUCGGUGAAGAAGAUCCGGCAGGAGGUGGACAAGUCUGCGUGGCUGCUGCCCCCCCAGGCCCUGAACGCCUACUACCUGCCCAACAAGAACCAGAUGGUGUUCCCCGCCGGUAUCCUCCAGCCCACGCUGUACGACCCCGAGUUCCCGCAGUCCCUGAACUAUGGUGGAAUCGGAACCAUCAUUGGGCACGAGCUGACCCACGGCUACGACGACUGGGGGGGCCAGUACGAUCGGCACGGGAACCUGCUGCACUGGUGGACGGAGGCCUCCUACAGCAAGUUCCUGAAGAAGGCCCAGUGCAUCGUCAACCUGUACGACAACUUCACCGUCUACAACCAGCGGGUGAACGGGAAGCACACGCUGGGGGAGAACAUCGCCGACAUGGGGGGGCUCAAACUGGCCUACUAUGCCUAUCAGAAGUGGGUGCGGGAGCACGGGCCGGAGCACCCCCUGCACCGCCUGAAAUACACCCAUGACCAGCUCUUCUUCAUUGCCUUCGCCCAGAACUGGUGCAUCAAGAGGCGCUCGCAGUCCAUCUACCUGCAGGUGCUGACCGACAAGCACGCCCCGGAGCACUACAGGGUGCUGGGCAGCGUCUCCCAGUUUGAGGAGUUCGGCCGGGUCUUCCACUGCCCCAAGAACUCGCCGAUGAACCCAGCGCACAAGUGCUCCGUGUGGUGA